GCUUAGAGGUGGAUAAAGUUCGUCUCCACGUUGGAAGUGAUAGAAAGUAUUAUCCCUAUUCAGGCACUGUUUCUAGUUUUUGGGAAGGAGGAUAAAUCAAACAGGAUACUUGGGGUGUAAAAAUACUGAGGCUCGGAGGCGGAGGAACGACGGGUUUGUUUGUUUUUUUUUUUGUUGAAGAUCAGACGGGUCACAAGAGAAAAGUUUUCUCAGGACACCAAGUUGUCAAGUGAGUAGAACUUCAACAAUAGGCGGACUCUAAUCACGAACAGUAGAGAGACAGGGAGUCUCGGGACAUAUGUAAAGAGUCGAUUUUGGACUUUUUUUUUUUGGUAAAGGAGAAAAGACCUCCCUCAAGGUGAUAACAAACUUUUAUGUCCAGAAAAAUGGAAGCGACGUUCUACGACGAAGCCGUAAAUGCCUCCAACUCUCAGCAUGACGGGACGGCGGUGUAUGGCUUCAACCCCAAAACCCUCAAACAGACCAUGACCCUGAACCUUAACGACCCGAAAAACUUCAAACCCCAGCUGGGCGCCAAGGCCCUGGACAUCCUGACGUCCCCUGAUGUCGGGUUACUGAAGCUGGCCUCGCCUGAACUGGAGAGACUCAUCAUCCAGUCCUGCAGCGGGCUGACGACUCCCACCCCGACCCAGUUCGUCUGUCCCAAGAACAUCACGGACGAGCAGGAGGGCUUUGCCGAUGGGUUCGUGAGGGCACUGGCUGAGCUCCACUACCAGCAGCAUAUACCGGUCGCCCACCCCGACGCACAGACCGGCGCUACCAACGGCGUAGCAUCCGGCUCUGCUGCGUCCGAGGGCGGCGGGAUUCCCUACAGCUGCACGGUGCGCACCGAGCCGCCGGAGUACACAAACUUGGGCACUUUCAGUCGAGCUGUGAGCUCUGCGUCUGCACCUGCCAACGAGAGGCACCCAUCCACAAGUUACCCAGCCGCCCCGCCGCCGUCCCACAAUCACAUGGACCACCAGCUGGCGGCAGCGCAGCACUCGAGGCUACACGCGCUCAAAGAGGAGCCGCAGACGGUGCCCGAGAUGUCCGGCGAGACCCCGCCGCUCUCCCCCAUCGACAUGGAGACACAGGAGCGCAUCAAAGCGGAGAGGAAGCGCAUGAGGAACAGGGUGGCCGCGUCCAAAUGCCGGAAAAGGAAGCUGGAGAGAAUCUCCCGGCUGGAGGAGAGGGUCAAAAACCUUAAGAGCCAAAACACGGAGUUGGUUUCCUCUGCCAACGUCCUCCGGGACGAGCUGGCUCUGCUCAAGCAAAAGGUCAUGGACCACGUUAACAGCGGCUGCCAGCUCAUUUUGACGCAGCAGCUCCAAGCUUACUAGACUGGGAAAAGAACCAAGGGACAUUUCUUGGGGACCAAAAUGCAGCUUAAAGGGGGGCCUGUUGUUCAGCCUUGCAAGGGGUGGGGGUUGGGGCGGGGGGGGGGGGGGGGUCUCAGUUCACGUUUCCACCAAAUGAUCCACUCAGGCUGUAUCCACAGACGAAUGGUGACCGACAAGAUACCUGUAGCUAAUUGGUCAGUAUAAUGAAUUAACACGGAGCAGAGAGAGGCCACCAAACUUAUUGCACAGACGCACAGCUCAGAGGGAACAUUUGCUCUUAUUACACCUCUGAUGUGACUUGAUACAUAUUUCUGGCAAUUGUGUCUUCAUUAUUUUAUUUUAUUUUUUUAUUUCCAUCCAGAUUUACAAAAUCUAAUUUGUAUUGCGUAAGGCCAAGGAAACAUGGCAAGUGUCAGAUACCCUGCCACAAGCCACAAUUGUCAAUUGAUCACGGCCCACACCGUCUUCCACGCUGACAGGACUGUCAGAGCUUGUGUGGGGUCAAAUUUCAAAUGGAGACAAACACAAUGAGAACCAGGCCUUGCCCUGCAAAUCUCCCACUAUGUCAAGUAUAUGUAUAUGUAUGCAUACAGACAUGAGUCAAGCACUGAGUAUCCCACCAGCGACUAGCCGACAUGUACAGAGUAACACUUACAAAAAUAAAACAAGUUUCACACCUUUUACGCGAGGACUCUUAUAGGUGUGUGUGUAGCGUUUACUGACAAAAAAAAGAAACUGCCUUACUUUCUUAACCCAUUGUGUUCAUACAACUUUGUGAUAUAGGUGUAACUAAUGUUAGACCUCAAAUAACACUUUGUAAUAAUAUUUGUACGCUGUAUUUUGAGCACUUCGAAAUAUGACAAAAUAAAAAUGUUGGACA